AUGACAGCUCCAAGAAUGAUCAGUCGGGCUACGCGCUCCAUUCCCUCAGUUCAAAAGUUCGCGGCAUUCAACCGCUCAUUCGGUUCGACAGCUUUGCGCUUCAAGGAUGUCGAAGAUCCAGCUGCCGCUUACACCGAAGCUCACCGCAAGAACCAAGCGAAGAAGCCUGUGAACCCGGUUGUUCCCAAUACUACGUCUACUAUGACCAAGGAUUUCCCUAGCGUUGGGCAGAGGCCCUCGCCGCCCGAGAUGAUCAACUCAGUCGACCCAAACUACCGCCCGGCAGAUCCAUACCCAGGCCGCAUUGAGCACUUCACCGGCGGUCGGCAAAAGAGCGGUGCUCAGAAAGCCGAGCUUGGUGUUGGUGAAAUGGAGGGUAUUACCUUCAAGGUUGAGCCGCUGAAGCGCGAGGGCGAAGACGUAGCCACCAAACGAGCACGACUACUAUACCAAAGCCGGAAGCGCGGAAUCCUGGAAUCGGAUCUCCUGUUAUCCACUUUUGCCGACGUUUACUUGGGAAACAUGACCGCGGAGCAACUGCAGGAGUAUGAUAGCUUCUUGGAUGAGAACGACUGGGACAUCUACUACUGGGCAACACAGGACCCCCCAGAGGUCAGCCAGUCGUCGCCGCCGCCUGAGGACACUGUCACCGAAACCUGGAAGAACACUGGGGCCAAGAGUGGUGAAUGGGCGCAGACGAUUGGUGCGUUUAAGGCUGCGUAUCGUCCCGUGCCACAGCGCUGGAAAAACUCAGAAGUUCUGGGCCUUUUGAGACAGCAUGUCCGCGAUAAGAGCGCUACUGGCUUCGAGUCGGCUAAGAAUAAGCGAACUGGCGGUGGUUUGGGCCGCAUGCCGAAUGUGCAGGUCUUCAAUUCUUGA